AUGGCUGAGUUUGCUAUUCCCACAAUAUCUCUAGAGCGAAUCGAACAACGCAACGACCCUCCGCAUACGAUUCAUUUGCUCAACACUCGGGCAUCAAUUCUCCCUGUCCCGGUAGUGGAUAUUGUUGUCCCUCAAUGGCUUUUAGUAUCGAUCAAGGAACUCGCCAACUACGCCGCACAGUGCUGGUACACCAUGGUUCUUCUCUUCUGGGCAAUGAAGUUCGAAGCUGUUACGGCUGUUUCUGUCCUACCUAAGGACGUGACGGUCUUCUUGAUGUUCCAUGUCUACUUCGCCCUCACGGUCCUGAUGAAAAUGUACUUAGCGCCACGACGACCAUUUCAUCGGAAAAUAGUGCUUGUAGCCCCGGCAAAUGCCGAUCUCUACGAUCUCACCCGGUUUCUUGCUUUGAAAUGUUUGCAGGAAUAUGGUCUCCAUAUGAUUGUGAAUCUUAUUGCUGGCUUAGCACUGACCGGCGGCCACAUUCUAGGCGGAGAGUGGAAGACAGCUGCCGCCUACGAAACGCCACUGGCGAUAUCUUUUAUGAACGGCCAUAUUGCUGUAAUCUGUGUCGCACUUUCUUGUAUUACCGUUCUAGCUGCGGUGAAAGUCGCGUUGCCUGCGUUCAGGCAGACCUCUAUCCACGACGCGGAUGGGAUUGAUCGUUCGGACACACAAGAUUGGCGUGCUCGAUCGCAGCAUGUCCAGGUAUACCCCUUUGCCUCCGCUUCUACUUCUUCAAGACUUCAAGCCACCCGCCAGCAUCAGAGCGACGAGAUAGAAAUGCUGACGAAGGAGAUGGAGUACCUCCAGAUUCCAGGGCGCCAGUAA